AUGGAUAAAGGAAAAACUGAUGGUAGUGCUAAACCAUCACUUUCUUUUGAGACAUUAGCUAACCGCGUCAUUGAUGUUGACGGAAAUACAUGGCUGCCACGUAGGGGUAUUGUUCAAUCAUCUCAAACGGAACCUAGGAAAAUCAACAUCAUUGAUGAAUUGUUAAAGACUAUGGCUCAGGUUCCUGUGGAGAAUGAGCAAUCAAACACGAGGGUUUCGGAAAAUAGGGAAGAUAUGGCUGGUUUUCAGGUCCGAACUGAUAUGGGUAGUGCUUUGAAGCCUAUGUCCUAUGCUGAUUCGGUUGCGGCAGCCAAGACCAAGAAAGUAAACUUCAGAACUCUUGCGAGUCCGGUGGUGCAAGAUGGUUGUGACGUGGUCCUCCCCCGGGAAUCUGUUAAACUAGUUCAAGACAUGUUAGCAAAUACAUUGUACGGGUAUUUUUUGGGGGAUCGGGUAGCUUAUCCGGUUGUAGAGUGCUUUGCGAGAAACAACUGGAAGAAGUUUGGUUUGCAAAAGUCUAUGAUGAGUGCAAACGGGUUUUUCUUUCUCAAAUUUGCGGACAAAGACAGUAUGAUGAAUGUUCUUAAAGAAGGACCUUGGAUUAUUCGUUCUCAACCCCUCUUCCUUAGUGUAUGGUCGCCUACUUCAAGACUAGAGAAGAAGGAUGUCAAAAAGAUACGAAUUUGGGUCAAAAUCCAUGAUGUUCCUAUAGCUGCCUAUACGGAAGAUGGGUUGAGUAUGAUUGCUACGGCCAUUGGUGAGCCAAAAUUGUUGGAUUCGUACACCACCACUAUGUGUACGGAUGCUUGGGGAAGGAGUAGCUAUGCAAGAGCUUUGAUAGAAGUUUCAGCUGAGAAUGACUUUAAAGAGGAAAUAGUUAUAGCGGUGCCUGAGCUAGAAGGUGAGGGUUUCAUCAAAGUCUUCGGACAUGUUGAUGAGUCCUGCCCGAGUCAGCCUAGGAAGUGCCCUAAGGAAGUGCCUAAACCUCAGAAACAAAAUGGUGGGAAGCAACCGCGUGGUCCGGUGAAGACUCCAGUUGUGGAUGAAGAUGGCUUUAUGGAUGUGGAUGGUAAAAAAGCGGCAAGGAAACCUGGUGUUCAUGUUAAUAAAGCCAAGCCAAAAUUCGAGUACAGGCCGAUUGGGGUCAAAACGAAUGGAGGGGCUAAAAAGUCGGACCCCUCGCCUAGUGUAGUGUCCCGGAACCCGUUUGAUGCGCUUAGGGAUGAGCAGGGUACGGUACGUCUAAAGAGCAAGGGGAUGAGGGAUGAUAUAGCUGAUUCUGAUGAAGAGGAGGUUGUUGAAGGGCAAGCACCUCUUCCACAAAGUUCUCCAGUGGAUAGUCUGUUUUUCGUCCGUGUUCAAGGGAUGCUGUUUCGUGGCAAUUUUGUUUUUGAUGAUGGAGGAUAA